GGAAGAGGCAGUACGAGCAGAGUCUGUUUUUGUCCCUCACUCUCUACGCUCUUCCCACCCUGUUAACAACACCUUGCUUUGUGGAGAACUUCCUCUGCUUGGAUUGUCACCAGCUCAACACCAUGCUGCUUCGGACUGUGGUCCUGCUCCUCCUCUGCGUAUCCACCGGCAUGUGUGCCACCUUAGGCCACUACCAAGCGAAGGAAGAGGAGGAGGCCCCCACUGUUACAGAGGAUGCCGUAGCAGCUGCCUCUGUAGAAGAAGCUGCUGAAGAAGGUGUAGCUCCUGCAGAUGCUCAAGCAGGUGAUUCACCUGAAGCUAAUUCCCUUUUUGGUGACAAUCUAUCUAAAAUACUUUCAGCGGAUAACCCAGCUGACACACCUGAAGUGGAUGUCCCUGUAGCAGAUGGUGCAACAGCCAAAGAGCCAGGAACAAACAGUGACGGGCCUGCUGUAGACGCCCCUGCUAUGGAAGCUCCUACUGGUGAAGCUGUCACCCACAGGCAACCUUCCUCUGAGGAGGAGGAGAAGGUGAAUGACAUUAGACCAGUCCAGACAAACCAGCCCUUGAGCAAACCCUUGGCACAAGAAGAUAGCAGUUGGAGCCUCAACUCAAUUAGAAAUAGUUUCCAGACUGUGCACGGCUACUUUGACUCCCUGGUGGAGCUGGUGGGGGGACAAGAUGGUGUGUGUCAGUACCGCUGCAGAUACGGAGACCUUCCUCAACCUCGCCCCGGCUACCAGCCUUCAGAGCCCGACGGCUGCACCUCCUCUCUGGUGGGAUUCCAGGUGAAUUCAGCUCUUGACUUGGGGGUCCCUGCUAUGACAAACUGCUGUAACCAGCUUGACAUAUGCUAUGACACUUGUGGGACAAGCAAGUAUGACUGUGACUCCAACUUUCGCUCAUGUCUGCAUGGCAUCUGCACAGACCUUAAUAAGAGUCUGGGCUUUGGGUCGAAGGUACAAGCCUGCGAAUCGAUGGCAGACACUCUCUUCAACACAGUGUGGACUCUAGGUUGUAGACCUUACAUGAACAGCCAGAGGGCAGCGUGCAUCUGCGAGGGAGAGGAGAGGGAUGAACUGUGACACAGAACACUGUGGACUCUGCAUGCUUUCACAGACAAAUAACAGAGUCAUAGGUAUUUCUACAGUUUAUAUCGUAUAUCUGUAGGCUUUUUUUUUUUGUCAAAGAGGGGAUACUUUAAAAGAGCCCUCUGAAGAUUCAGAGCCUGGGAGUUAAAAAAAAACACAACACAAAAAUGGGGAAGGCAAAUUAGCAGUUUCUCAGGUUUUAUUCAUAGGCAGGACUAACAAAUAUUAGGUGUCUGAAUAUGACUUUCAGAAUAAUUUAUUGCUUAUGCAUGUUAUACUCCAUACUCCAUUUCAUUUUAGGCCAUUUUUAGGCCUCUAUGACUCCAUUACCAUAAAUUACUUCAUCACUCCAAACAAAGUGGCUAAUGGGAAGGAUAUUGUAGUUGGAUUAAUUUCCUCUAGAUAGAAAGACACAAGCAGUCUUGAUUAAAUAGCAGAACACAACAAACCAUGUGCGCCAUCGUAAUUAUCUUAUCUGCUCAAACCUUAAGUCAGUGUCAUGUAAAUGUAAUGCCUAUUACAGCUACUACGUUAAUAUUUGAUGUAAGUUAUUUGCCAGUUAUUUGUUAUUUUUUAUGAACAAAUGCAUGACUAAUUGCAGUUUAGCUGACACGAUUAAUUCUAGAUUAAUUGUCAGAGCGACGAAGCAUAUGCAUAUUUUCCAGGCACGACACACUGAUAUCUCUUUUCCACUGCACUGGAAUGUGUGAAGUGCUCCUCAGCCAUCGAUUAUUCUGAGCAAAUGAGUCAGAAUACAUCUGUGGAUGGUCCAUGUGUAUAUUUCAAGUCAGCGUUGGUGUGAAAUAUAUCAACAACUUUUUGUAAAUCCACUAAAUCCUUAAGCUGUGAUCAAGCCUGACAAAUGCCUCAAAGUGUGACCUAGAAAAGCAUUCUUCAUGCUGUACUUGUUACAAAUGAACUGUGGCCCGUCCAAAUGAUUUCUAAUAGAAAUGUCAUUCACUUUAAUGUCAGUAAAUUGCGCUGCCGGGCAAAGUGGCACACAAACUUGGAUGUAUUAACCAGAAUUUAAGGGAUCUACAGCACUGUGACUGACACUGUAAUUUACAUAGGAAUAAAGAAGAGUGUAUAUACUGUACAUCUGCAUGUAUAUGUGUACAGCACAACGGACUGCUCUGUGUAUAUCUGCUUGGUGUUUUAAAUACCAAAUAAACUGAAAUUUGUCAGUUCA